AUGCAGGCGUUGCUCAACAGCCUUUCUAAACUUUACUUCACAAAUCGGAGCCAUUCUGAAAAGCUCUCUAUUCCUAUCCGUUAUCUUCAGAAAGUUAGCUUGGAGCCGGCACCUGCCGACUCUUAUGCAUCUGAUGGCCCUGUCCAGCAAGAAGACGGUUCACGAUACAACGUUGCCAAUGCUCGUACUGGAUGUAUCAGUUUGAAGUCAUUCGGUGACAUUCGUUCAACUGCUAUUCGUUAG